AUGGAUAAAUAAUAAAUAUUACUUUGUAAUGUACAUAAGGAAGGAAAUAAUUAAAUUUAAUUCUUAUGCUUAAAUGAAGAGACCCCUAAUAACAUGCAACGUAGACUUCUAUGUAAUUACUGUUUAGAGGAUUUAAAUGAAACCAACUUGAUUAUAGUAUCAUUAGAUAGAAUCUAAAUGAACAAUAGAACAGUAAAAUCUUGGCCUCCACUUAAUUAAAAUUAUGCUCAGAGUUUAUUCAAUUUAUCUGAUAUAAACGCUUCAUAUAUAGAGGAAUUUUAUGAAAAUUUAAAAAUUAGUGUAUGUGAACUUAUUGAAAAAUAAAAAAAAUAAGACCUUUUAAAGCUUAACAGCUGUAAUAAUGAGAGCGUUUUAAAUAAUUAUAAUUAAAUAUCAGGAUUUAAAGAAAUUCAAUAAAUUAUAAAUGAAAAUUGCAAUUCUGUAAAUGAUUUGAAUUUAAAACUAAAUGAAUACAUACAAUCUAUGUAUAAUCAAAAAGAAUAAAAUUAAAAAAUAUUUGAUGAGAAAUUUUAGAAUUUAACUGUUACAAAGCCAGAAAAACUGAAUCAAAUUAAAGAUAAUAUUUUAGAGUAAUUUCAAUCGAUAGAAAUUCUUUAGAAAUAGUAAAAUUUAAUUAUUUAGAUGGUAUAGAGUACUUAUGAAAAAUCAUCUAAAUUUAUUAUAACAAAUAGUAAUAAAUCUAUACUUAUAAACCCUAAUAAACACACUGGGUAGGUAUAUAGUUAAGAACCUAUUUUUAAUGAUAAGAUAUAUUAAUUUAUUUUAAAAUUCAAUAAGAAACCUUAAAAUUAUAUUUGUGUAGGUUUUGAAGAAGAAUAACAUAAAAAUAGAUAUUUAGGUUAAUAAGGUCGAAAUUCUUUUAUUUUUGGACAAAUAAAUGGUCUUUUUUGCAAUUAAUUAGUAAAAGGGUCAACAAACUUAUAAAAUAUAGUAAAUGAUCAAUUUAUAGAAUAGUUAAUAAUCGAAGUUUAGUUAAGCGAAAAUAAAUUUUACAUUUCCGAUUUACCAAAAAAAAGUGCAGUUAAUUGCAUGGACUAGGGACAAUAUAAAUUCGAUAUAUAAAAGAAAUAUUAUUUUACAAUACAAAUAAGUAAUUAAGAUACAUAAAUUGAAAUAAUUUCUAGUAAAAUAAUACCAAAUUUUACUUUAGUCUGA